GGAAGGGAGGGGGAUAGAGAGAGAGGAGAGAGGGUGUCCCGUCUGCGCUGAGCUCAGACAGACAGCAGGGAACAGCUGCAGCACUCGGUUCGCUUUGGAUUUCACUGCAUUGCGAUUUAAAAUAUCAGGCGUUUCAUCCACAAAGCCCACGUCGCGCAGCUCGACCGAGCAGACCCCCCCACUAAUCAUUAGAGAAAAUGGUUGACCGCGAGCAGCUGGUGCAGAAAGCCAGGCUGGCUGAGCAGGCUGAGAGAUAUGAUGAUAUGGCAGCAGCUAUGAAGUCGGUGACGGAGCUAAACGAGGCCCUGUCCAACGAGGAGAGGAACCUGCUAUCGGUGGCCUACAAGAAUGUGGUGGGCGCCAGGCGCUCCUCCUGGAGGGUGAUCUCCAGCAUCGAGCAGAAAACCUCCGCCGACGGCAACGAGAAGAAGAUCGAGAUGGUGAGGGCCUACCGGGAGAAGAUUGAGAAAGAGCUGGAGGCCGUGUGCCAGGAUGUGCUCAACCUCCUGGACAACUUCCUGAUCAAGAACUGCAGCGACACGCAGCACGAGAGCAAGGUGUUCUACCUGAAGAUGAAGGGCGACUACUACCGGUACCUGGCCGAGGUGGCCACCGGCGAGAAGAGGGCCACGGUGGUGGAGUCCUCGGAGAAGGCCUACAACGAGGCCCAUGAGAUCAGCAAGGAGCACAUGCAGCCCACCCACCCCAUCCGCCUGGGCCUGGCUCUCAACUACUCUGUGUUUUACUACGAGAUCCAGAACGCCCCGGAGCAGGCCUGCCAUCUGGCCAAGACCGCCUUCGAUGACGCCAUCGCCGAGCUCGACACCCUCAACGAGGACUCCUACAAAGACUCCACUCUCAUCAUGCAGCUGCUCCGAGACAACUUGACACUGUGGACAAGUGACCAGCAGGAUGACGAGGGCGGGGAGGGCAACAAUUAAAGGAAAGCCUCACUUUGAAAAUAAAAAAUAAAAAAAUUAAGAAGGGCCGGUGGACUUUGGCAGCAGCUUUUGCCAAUGCAACUACCGCAGCACCAGUUCUUUAUUUUUCCAUGUGUUAAAAGAAAAGGAUCAAAAAGAGAGGUGAGAAUGGGAGGUUUAAAAUCUUAGUUUAAAUAUAUAUAGAAAUAUAUAUGACAGUUGAAAAGGGGGCCUCCGUCUUCUUGAUUUUCUCUUUGACAUUUGCCAAAAACCACUGAUAUGUCAGUCAAUCAGCCUGAAGUGGUUGUUGUUGGAUUGAAAUGGCAGCCUCACACUGGCAUAGGAACUGAUCUUGUUCUGUCAAGAUAAGCUGCUUACUUAGAUGUUUGAGUGAUAGAGAUGCAUUUGAGUCACUUGGGAGAGAAAACGCUUGAAUGGGGAAAUUUUUUAAAAGCCUCACAAAAAAAAAAAAAAAAAAAUGGGUUGCAUUGGUUCCAGAAGUAGAAAAGAGGGCCCUGAAAGCUUUUAAUCUAACACAAACAAAUAGAAAAUCAGCAAAAAUACCCUAAAUUUUAAAGGAUUGAUUAUUCAAUUGUAACAAAUAAGGAUUAAGUAAGCCCCCUUAUUGCUAAUUAAAGAGUUUUCUGGCAUCUUACAGAUAAUCCUGUUGUGUUACUGGAACCAUAGAUUCUUUUUGGAGGUGAAGGUUAAUAAAGGCAGAGACUUAACGAAAUGAAUUACAAAAUAAAAAAGACAAAAAAAAAAACAUAAGAUAAAAGCAGCUUCAGAGUUUGUGGUUUACUUCUGUGUUUGUUUUAUUAAAUGCACAUGCCUACUAUACUGUUUCUUCAGUGUAAGAUGACGACAACAAUAAUAUCGCUUAUUCAAUAUUGUGCAUGCUGGUGAUGUAUUUAUAUACAGUAGCUUGACUUUAUUAACUUAUACUGUGGGUGUUAAGUAUUCAUAUGAAAACAGGCUUUGUCUGAUGUUGAUUUUUAUUUUCUUAUUUAUUUCUAUUUAAUUCAUUUUUUUUUUGAUUUGCUAUACCAAAAUGGUGAUCGUAAAAAUUGACCUGUAAUGGGCGUUGCUUUAGUGACAUGCAAUAUGUGUAUUUAAUUUGUUAAUGAAAGAAAAAAUGGAUGAUUAAAAAAAGUAAAAAAAAAAAAAAAAGAAAGAAAGAAAAAUACUCACCAGUGCUUACUUAAACUUACCAGCUGGUGUUUGUCACUUUGAAGUAUGAUUAUGAUAUAUUUUGUUCCUUGAACAGUAUUUAAGUAUUUUUUUUUUCCUGUCAUGCUAUCCAGUUUUAAUAAUAAUGGUGUCGUUUCCAGGCUCAAUGUUUCUGUUAUGAAUCCACCGACAUGGACCAUGUUUUGUUUCUGACAGUAUACAUUUAUUUAUUUUUUAUUUGUUUUUAUACCUUUUAGCUGUUUCCUGAGUGACAAAAAUAUCUUGAAUGUGAGUCAUUAUGUAGCAGUUGCACAAGAACCGGAAUAAUAGCUAUGAUAAUAAAAAAGAAUAUGACUAAAUUAUACAUGCACCAUUUCCGUGGUGGUCUAGUGUAUUGUUGUAUUGUCACCCAUGAGUACACUUUGCUUUUAAGAGGAAGCACUCCGCUCGUAGGUCGUUUUAUUGUUUUGUGUGCUUUAUUUUCUGUGGCUGUACCGUUUUUAUAUGCCUCAUUUGCAAGUUAAUCUCUAGCAUUAAAAAAAAAGGGAAUCUACUACAGUAUUUUUUUUUUUUUUUUUUAUCAUCCGGCAAGCACGUUAAAGAUAUGGACAUUUAACACUAAUGCAUACCAUAGACAAUUUUAAAUGUCCACCUCUCCAGAACAAACACUAAAAACAGCUGCUGAACCAAUUUAUUCUCAUUAAUGCUGCUACUUCUAUAGAUCAGUAAUAUUUUCACAUGGAUAGCUGUUUAAUGAAUUUUAUAUAUUUUUUUUUAUCUCUGGUUUGGUGGAUUUAAGAGGGAAACCAGAAGCCUUAAGGUCAGUAACACAACCUUGCUCAUGUAUGCCAAUUAUGUAUCUCCAUCAUGAGUCAGCCUGCAUGAGCUCACAGUAUGUCACAGCUGCUUUAAUUUAUUUUUAAACGUCGCGAAGAGCAGAGGGUCUCUGAGGGUUUGUCAGAUGUACAACGUGAAAAAAAAAAACGAUGCUUGCACAGCGGAUCGGCUUUAUUUUACUUUAACUUAUUUUUUUAUCAUUUGUGAAGAAAACCAUGUUUGGGACCUUCAUUCACUGCAAAGAAAAGCAUUACUUCUUUUUAUUUAUUUUUUGUUGCUUCUCUCUGUGAUUAUUUGGCUAUAAUUCUUAGGUUUUGUUUUUAUUCUUGUUUCUGUAACUCAACAUCAUGCAUGUACAAGUUGUGAGGUAGCUUGAUCAAGAGUAUCUGGCCUAAGGGUGAAAAUGGGAUACACACUGUAUGGGUUAAAGACGUUUUUUUUUUUUUUUUUUGGUUGCCAUCUGUUGUCCAUUAAAGUUAUUUGUUUCUUGC